GUCUCUGACAAGCUCACCCCCAGCCCUCACCCUGGCACCAUCACAACCACUGGCAGAGGCGGAGAGAGCUGCUGCUUCUUCCUCCUCCUUUUCCUUUUCCUCCACCUCCUCCACCACGUCCUCCUCCUUUUUCUCCUCCUCCUCCUCCUCCUCCUUUUCCUCCUCCUCCUCCUCCGCCGCCGCCGCCGCCCGGGCCUUGGGCUGCCGGCACGUUGCCGUGGCAACGGGAGGCGGAGAGGAGAUGCUCUGCGCCGAAGGAUGGAGGGCUGUGUCACCGUUGCCGCUGCGCUCCAGCCCCAAAUUCCGGGGCCUUGAAGGUCUCCGGAAGUGACCCUGCCCCUGCAUCUCCCCACUGCAUGGAGCGGCUGCAAAAGCAGCCGCUUACGUCCCCCGGGAGCGUGAGCUCCUCCCGCGGCUCCAGCGUGCCUGGCUCUCCUUCCAGCAUCGUGGCCAAGAUGAACAACCAGGUGCUGGGCUACAAGGACCUGGCCGCCAUCCCCAAAGACAAGGCCAUCCUGGACAUCGAGCGGCCCGACCUCAUGAUCUACGAGCCGCACUUCACCUACUCUCUCCUGGAUCACGCAGAGCUGCCCCGAAGCCGGGAGCGCUCCCUGUCACCCAAAUCCACCUCUCCUCCGCCAUCCCCCGAGAUGAUGCGAGAUUGGGCAGAGAGCCGGACCCCGGGGAUCAUCGCCCAGACCCCUGGCCCGCGGUCCAUUGGGACCCCCCGGAGCAGCCUGCCCCACUUCCACCGACCAGAGACCACGCGCAUGGAGUUCAACAUCUACAAGAAGCCACCCAUUUACAAGCAGAGAGAGUCCGUAGGGGGCAGCCCUCAGAGCAAACACCUUAUCGAGGAUCUCAUCAUCGAGUCGUCCAAGUUCCCCGCAGCUCAGCCCCCGGACCCCAACCAGCCAGCUAAGAUAGAGACCGACUACUGGCCGUGCCCCCCUUCCCUGGCCGUCGUGGAGACAGAAUGGAGGAAGCGGAAGGCAUCCCGGAGAGGGGAGGAGGAGGAGGAAGAAGAGGAAGAUGAUGAGGACUCUGGCGAGGAGAUGAAGGCUCUCAGAGAACGGCAGAGAGAAGAACUCAGUAAGGUCACGUCCAACUUGGGGAAGAUGAUCCUGAAGGAGGAGAUGGAGAAGGAGAAGGUGUUACCCAUCCGGAGGAAAACCCGCUCCCUGCCUGACCGGACCCCCUUCCACACCUCCCCGCACCCAGGGACUUCGAAGUCCUCUUCACUCCCAGCCUAUGGCCGCAGCACCCUGAGUCGGCUGCAGUCCACGGAGUUCAGCCCAGCCAGCAGCGAGGCGGGAAGUCCAGGUCUGCAGAAUGGAGAGGGCCAGAGGGGGAGGAUGGACCGGGGAAACUCCUUGCCCUGUGUGUUGGAGCAGAAGAUUUACCCUUACGAGAUGCUGGUGGUGACCAACAAGGGACGCCCCAAGCUGCCCCCUGGAGUGGACCGGAUGCGGCUUGAGAGGCACCUCUCGGCAGAGGACUUCUCCCGGGUCUUUGCCAUGUCUCCUGAGGAGUUUGGGAAGUUGGCUCUGUGGAAGAGGAAUGAGCUCAAGAAGAAGGCCUGCCUCUUCUGACCACCCCAGCCCCUCUUUGACCCCUCUUGGCACCCCAACUCCAGGCUACUGGAGACAGAUGUUAUGAGAUUCCAAAGUAGCUUUCUUUCCAGUGGGGGGGAGGGCGUGCCCGCCGCCCAGAGGAGGGGUGGCUUUGGGGCCCCCGGGAGAUCCUAAGACCUGUGUGUGGGGUGAGCGGGAGGGGGGGAAACAGGGACUACUCUCUCUCCACCUCUUCCCUCCCUGCCACCGAUGGAGCCAGAAUUCCCUCCUCUUCCCCGGCCCCUGCACCUCCUAUCCUCCCCACCCAGGGCAAACCCAGUCAGGACCCUCUAGAGGGUUUCCCGCUGGCCUGUCCCAGGCAUCAGAAGGGUUUGUGUUUGCCCACCUCAGGAACCCCAAGGAGGCGGCGAAUCUAGAUACUGGCAGUGCCCUUUAUUGGCCAGGCCGGUCGAGGCGAGGGGCCGAGAUCGGGGCGCUCCAGGGUUUCCGGUCCCCUGGGUGGCACCCCCAAGGCCUCCGCGCUGUCUCAGGGUCUGGUACCCCUGCUUCUUCAGUUCUGGUGGGGUUGGGCGGAAGUCUAACCUUGAGAGGGGUCAGCCCUUCCUCCGCCGUACCUGUCCCUCCUCUCCCCGCUUCAAAGCCCCCGGCUCCGGCCUCCUGCUUCCAGGGAAGCCUCUGCCGGGGUGGAGGCCUUCUUCCCUCCUCCCGGUACCCUCCUGGGACCGUUAGAGCUCUAUUUCCCAGUACCAACUCAGCCACCAACUCAACCCGAGCGUUCUGGCUCCCAGCACCCUCGUCCCGGACAGAACCCAGGCAAGCGGCUCCCUGAUUCUAAGCCUCUGGGUGAGACCACGCACUGGCCAGAAGACAGAAGACAGGUUUCCUAUAGCUCCGUCAGUCUCUGCCCCGCCACCCUACCCACUCACUCUUCACCGAGCUCUGUAAAAAAUGUAAUUUAUUGGGACGCCCCAGCCUCUCUCCCAACCCUGCCCUCACCGCUGCUUCUUGUCUCUCUGAAUAUAGCUAUAUGCCUAAGGCUGAGCCUUCCUCCUGCCCAGACUCGGGGCCCCUGCCUCGUGUGUGAGACGUCGCUGGUGGCAGGGACACUGUUUGGAAUUAAAUGGCUGGAUUGGG